AUGAUUAAUUCUCGUAUCCUAUUCAUUACGGGUCUAAUAUGUCUAUGUGAGGGGUUACGUCAGGUGCAAGUCGGAUCUCUGGCUCAUCCUGAAGUGGUCUCAACUGGCGGAUUUCUACAGGAACGGGAAUAUCGAUAUGUCUCGUCCGCAUCCGAGGAGAAGAUAGAUGCAACCAGCUACAUCCAGGAAACUCCUCAAUUUGUUACUACUGAAAGCCCCGUACAGCCCGUUGAGACUGCCUCAAAUGUUUCCGGAGAGGACGUCCGAAUUGUCCCGAAAAUACAAAAGAAGAGGAAGAAAAGGAGAAAGGGAAAGAAGAAAAAGAUGCGGAAGGUGAAGGUGAAACCGCGCGGAGGUCGCCAUAUCAAAGACACAUACCAGGAUCUUCAUCCAUGGAAUACGCAAUAUAUUGAAGAAGAAAAAUCCCCAAUUCAAACUACCACAGAAACUGUUGUCACAUUUGAACCAAUCUACGACAAAUCAACAGGGAACUCAUACACCCAAGAAGAACUUUUGAAGCUAUGCGAGGAGACGAGAAAAAUUGGAGAAAAAUUCGGAAUCUAUGAUAUUUCCUCAUUUGCUGGAAGUAAUUGCUCUCUUAUUCGUCUUUACUAUCCAGAAGUUACAUGCGAACAAAUCAAUAUCUUCCUGCAAUAUUGCCAAAGUGCUGGUUCAAUCAAGUAA